GCACAUCACUCGCAGUUAUAGAGCAGUCCACUCGGCAGCAAGAUGAAAUGUACCAUAUUCCUUGGCGUUCUGGCACUCUUCGUGUGCUUGGCCCAGGCACAACCUAUCGUCCAGGAAUCACUAGCCGACCAGGAGCCCUGGGCAGUGGAGCCCGUGCCGGAUUUCCACAGCCGUCAGAAGCGUGCCACAUGCGAUCUGCUGAGCGGCUUCGAUGUGAAUCACUCGGCCUGUGCAGCUCACUGUAUUGGCCUGGGCAGGAGUGGGGGUUAUUGUAAUGAUAAGGCUGUUUGCAUCUGUCGACGCUAAAGUACUUAUAUUGAAGGAUUCAAUAAAAUUGCAAUUAUAUUCAAUUUAAUUAAAGCGAGUUUUGAUAAGAGAA